CGCCAUCUCGUCGUCAAUACUCAUCGGAAUCAAGCUCCGACGAGGACCAGCGGCGGCGGCGGCGGAGCGAGAAGAAGAAGAGUUAUAGCUCCUCGGAGAGGUCGUCAGAUUCAGCGAGCGCAUCGUGAAAGGGACUGCAGAUCCAAGGGAGACGGCCACCGCCGCCGACACGACAGCGACGACGAUGAGGGGCAGAGGAAACCGGCGCCUAGGGUUUCGUCGAAGGAGGAAAUAAAAGGCCGAGAGAAGAAAAGUUACAGCGACGACGAUGAGGGGGAGAGGAAACCAGCGCCUAGGGUUUCGUCGAAGGAGGAAAUAAAAGGCCGAGAGAAGAAGAGUUACAGAUCUGACAGCGAUGAGGUGGAGAGGAGGAGGAGGGUUGAUGAUAGGAGAGAUCGAGAGCGAGAGAAGAGACUCCAUGAGGAGAAGAAUCGAAGAGGGAGGUCGAGGAACGACGAGGGAGUUAGAGGAGAAAGUGCUCGACGAAAUUCUGGUGAUGUAAUUGAGGAGCCGAAGAAGAGCAGGAGGGAGAGAGUUUAUAGCUCCUCUGAGGAAUCAUCGGAUUCUGAGAGUGAUCGAGAAAGGGCUCGCAGAUCAAAGGAUGAUGGUCGCCGCGCCGCCGCCGGCAUGGCAGCGACGCCGAUGAUGCAGAGAGGAGACCAGCUCCUAGGGUUUCGUCCAGGGAAGAAAAGAUAAGCCGAGAUGAUAGUGUUAGGAAGAAGAGUGAGGAGAGUCAAAGAGGGAAGUAUGAGAAGGAUAAGGAAG